UGAUCCUGAUCAAAGGGUUAAUAUAAAUAUUAUUUGCGGUGUCACCUGAUUGGCUGCCUCUUUUAAAGAAAGGUACAAUCAGGAGUCACGUGACCAGGAGCUGCUGACGGAGAGGAGCCGCCUGCUGAAGCUCCCAUAGAGGUCUAUGAUCGCUCCCCGCCUGCCUGCAGGAGUUACUAGAGUGGAGACGUUACAGGUGGAGCAGCGCGAGCGGAUCUAUCCGACACCACGAAACAAAACCAGCUGCAGCGGUUUCUGAUCUGGAUUUUAUUUAUUAUUACAGCUCCCGCGCUGGGCUCCAUUAAAAUGAUCUCCUCCAGCCUCCCUCUGCAGUAGCUGGCCAGCAUGGCUCCUGCUGCUCCUCCUACUGAGGACACCAGUAGCUCGUUAGCGCUGCGCUGGAGGCUAACGCCGACAUAGAUACUCUCACUGACUUCUAACUGCUGCGCUGCUCUCAUCAGGCCUGGUCCAACAUACUUAUGAACUGCCGUCAGAGGACACUAACCUCACCACCCUAUAACAACGUCUGGACGGAGACCCUGGACCAUGGUCUGUCUCUGAUCAGGAGUCCUGGUGGCGGAGCUGGACUGUGCAGCUCUUCCACUCUGAGACCAACCUGGACCCUGAGCCAUGUCUCUCCUCUCAGCCCUGAGCAUCGUCUGGGGAUUGAUGCUCCACGUUUCCUUCGCUGCACCCGACGAUCAAUACUGUGUCCCCCGAAACACUGUCCCCUUCCAGAACGAGCUGAAGUUGUUCAGAGAAGACGGGAUCUUCAACUACUCCACCAUGCUGCUGAGAGACGAGCUGGGCGUCCUGCUGCUGGGCGCCAGAGAGGCCGUCUACGCCCUGGACAUCAACGACGUCUCCGUCAGGAAGUCUGCCGUGUACUGGCGAGUCACCGAGGAGAAGCAGAGGGAGUGCACGUACAAAGGGAAACAUGCUGAGGUGGAAUGCCGAAACUACAUUCGAACCCUGCACAGAGUGAACGACACCACCAUGUAUGUGUGUGGCACCAACGCUUUCAGCCCCACCUGUGAUUACAUGACGUUUGUUAAUGGACAGCUGAGGCUGAAGGGAAAGCAGGAGGAGGGGAAGGGGAAGUGUCCUUUUGAUCCCUUCCAGAGAUACUCCUCCCUCAUGGUCGGAAAUGACCUGUAUUCUGCUACAUCCAUCAACUUUUUGGGCUCUGAGCCGGUGGUUCUACGCAGCUCUGACUUGGCUCUCCGCACCGAGUUUAAGAGCUCCUGGCUCAGUGAGCCAAACUUUGUCUACAUGGACUUUGUGGGUGAGAGUGUUAACAGUCCUGAUGGUGACGAUGAUAAAGUGUACAUGUUCUUCAGUGAGAACGCAAUGGAGUACGACUUCUACAGCAAAGUGGCCGUGUCCCGAGUGGCACGUGUCUGCAAGGGGGAUAUGGGCGGCCAGCGGACGCUGCAGAGGAAAUGGACGUCGUUCCUGAAAGCUCGUCUGGAUUGUUCCCUCCCUGAACCCAGCCUGCCCCCGAUUGUCCAGGACGUCUUCCUGCUGAAGGACGACGACUGGAGGAACAACGUCUUCUACGCCGUCUUCACGCCGCAGUCGAGCUUGUCUCAGGUCUCUGCAGUUUGUGCGUACACCGUGUCUGCCAUUCGAGAUAUCUUCAACGAGGGCAAGUUUAAAACGCCUGUUGCCGUGGAGACGUCUCACGUCAAAUGGGUGAUGCACACCGGAGACGUGCCGGUCCCCAGACCAGGAGCGUGCAUCAAUACUGUGGCACGUAAACUGGGGAUGAAUCGCUCUCUGGACCUUCCUGACAAAACCCUCCAGUUCAUCAGGGACCGGCCCCUCAUGGACGAGGCCGUCCACCCGCUGACAGGAGGCCCGCUGCUGCUCAAGAAGGGAGCUCUGCUGACUCGGAUUGUGGUGGACAGCGUGUUGGCGCUGGACGGACAGAGAUACGCCGUCAUGUUCAUCGGCACGGAAAACGGUUACGUUCAGAAGGCUGUCAACUACGACGGGGAGAUGUUCAUCAUCGAGGAGAUUCAGCUGUAUGAAACCUCGGUGCCCAUCAGCAUCCUGCGCCUCUCAGCCACCAAGGGUCAGCUGUAUGCAGGUUCAGCGUCCGGUGCGGUCCAGAUGGCGGUCAGUAACUGUAGCCGCUAUGAGUCCUGUGUGGACUGUGUCCUGGCCCGGGAUCCGUACUGCUGCUGGGACUUCAGCAGCAGGAGCUGCUCCUCAGUCCACAGCUUCUCCUCCUCCUCCUCAAACUCUGUAAUACAGAGUCUGAAGGAGGGAAACAUCUCACAGUGUCCCCAGCCAGCUCCGGUAGCAGCGGUGGACUUUAACCUAGUUCCAGGGAACAACAUCCAGCUGCCCUGCCAGCUCCACUCCAACCUGGCUCAGGUCCUGUGGCGCUUCUCUGACCAAACACUUCACUCCAACAACAAAUACUACAUCUACAGCGGAGGCCUGCUCCUCCUGAGGGCCUCCGAGUCAGACGCCGGCUUCUACACCUGCAGCUCUGUGGAGCAGAUUAACGGCAAAAAAACCUACAACCGGACUGUGGCGGUUUAUCGAUUACAGCUGUACUCAGGGCCAGAGGAGGGGGGGGGCACCACUCCUAGCACGGAGGUGACAAAUUCCUCAAACUCUUCUCACAGUGGGACUACAGCUGGGCCGGGGCCGGGGCCGGGGCCGGGGCCGGGGUUGGUGUUGGAGCCAGACCCGACCCCCGAGGACCCCGUGUCCCCCGAGACCCAGAGCGACACCAGCAGGGUGACCCGCCUGGAGGUGGCGGUGGGUCUGCUGUCCCUGCUCUGCCUCUCCCUGAUGGGGGUCUUGUUCUGGAUCUGGUUCCAGGGACGCUGGGAAUGCUUCAAGCUCCCGAAGCGCGCCACAGACAGCGAGGCCAAGAGGCAGUCGGCCGAGUACAUGAGCAUCCCCAACAGAACUUCAGAGAUCAAACUCCUGGGGCCGGAGCCGGGCGGAGCGCGCAGUGCCAAUAAUAAUCACUCUGCUGUGGAGUUCAAAGGGAACGGGGAGCACCACUUCACACCCAUGGCCAAGAUCUCCAGUCUGGACGGGCUGGGAUACAUUAAUGAUGAGUCAGAGAUUUGAUGCUGCAGCUAUAGUUAGGAUUCAGGCCAACAACAGUCCAAGUGCACUAAUUAUCUUCCUUUAAGUGUGUGAAUGUAAGACAACGUUUUCACAUUAUCAAUUCUUCUGAUUGGUGUUCUGGUUCUCCUCGGUCCAUCGGUUCUGAGCUCUGACUGGCAGCUGGUUCACUGAACAAAGAGACUUUUCAGGAUUUCUGGUGGAAUUUUCACUCCAGGAAAGACAUUUAUAUAUAUAUAUAUAUAUAUAUAUAUAUAUAUAUAU